AUGAGUAGUGUAACUUUUCUUUUUGUUUUUGUUACUAUUUUAACAAUAGUUUUUUUACUUCUUAAUUUCAUACUGGCUCCACAUAACCCAUACCAAGAAAAAUAUAGUAUUUUUGAAUGUGGUUUUCACAGUUUUCUUGGUCAAAAUAGAACUCAAUUCGGUGUUAAAUUCUUCAUAUUUGCAUUAGUUUAUCUUUUAUUAGAUUUAGAAAUAUUAGUAAUAUAUCCAUAUGGUAUAAGUGUAUAUGAAAAUGGUAUUUACGGAUUAAUAGUAGUGCUAAUUUUCAUAGGUAUAAUAACUGCGGGGUUUGUAUUUGAAUUAGGUAAAAAUGCCUUGAAAAUAGAUAGUAGACAAUCCAAUAAUUAUUUUUAUAAAUCAAAAAAAUUUAUUAAUAUGUUUACUGAACAUAAGUAG